CAUAUCACAAUUUAUAAUUAUGGAGAUAAUAACCGCCAACGAUAAUACCAGUAAAUCGCACACUUUGUUGUCUCCUGAAUUCUGCAAGAAUUCCUUGCUGAUUUCUUGCAAUUGGCAAAUUGUCAAUAACAAGCAAUUUUGCGACGCCGUCACCACUGUGCCGUUGCAGGACGCGCCCGCAAGCAUUAAUUAUGAAGACGUAGUUUCUAUUGAGACGUGUAUCGCUCUGCAACCGGUAUCUCCUACGAUAAAUUCUUGCACAGAACCGUGCAUGCUAGAAAUCAAGAUGACAAACUGUCAAAAGAUAGCACGUGUUGCUGUUGUUUCGGAGGGCGAGGUUCUUGAAAUUUUUAAACAAUUUGGAGAAUACGAAACAACGGUGUUUGCAGAAUUUAUAGACGAGUGUUUAGAAAAUACCGUUUUUUUUGGAGACACAACAAUGCAACCUCCCACUGCUGAAGUUAGUAUUAAGUUUACCAGAAUAAAAAGUAAAGGCCCUAUGUGGAUUUAUGGCAUAAGACUGUUUUUGACUGAUUCUGUCAAAGAGGCAAAACCGAGUGCCUUCAAUUAUGAGAUUAUUCAGACUUUUCUUAGCAAUAACAAUGACAAGCCGAGCAAAGGAGCCGAAAUGGCAAAGAAGGUAUUUAAUUAUUACAACAAACAAGAAAUUACGAAUCAAGAGUGUUUCAAGCUGGAAGAUUUGGAAACCUUUGCUACUAACUACCUCAAAUGUAAAAAUAGAAUUGGAAAAACAGAUAACGAGAAGGAAAAUCGAAAUCGUGCCGAGGAUAGUGAAAAAUCAAAUUCCCUCGAAUGCGAAAAUGAGACUGCAAGAAGAGACGGUAACGAAAAAGAGCGUCCGAACUGCGGAGAGAAUAGUAAAAAUUUGGAUACAGACAUCAGAAUCUAUAUUGACAAUAAAUUCCAUGACAUGGAAAUGAGAUUGAUGAGACGAAUAGAUGAAAUAGAAUCGAAUACCAAUCAGAAAUUAAAUGCCAUUUUGGAAAGACUUAAAGCGUUAAAUUUCAAAUAAAUAUUUCUAUUAAAUUGUUGAUAGAUCUGAAACAAAACAAAUAUAAUUGUAUAACAAA